AUGGCUGGAGACGAUGCAAAACAAGGCGGUGGAAAAUCUGGUGGUGGUGGUGACUCAAAAGCAGCUGAUAAAGAUAAUAAAGCUGGUGGUGCAGGUGGUGCAAAAGGUGAUGCUGGUAAAUCUGGUGGAGAUAAAGGUGGUGCAUCAGGCGGUGGUGACAAAGGUGGAGCUAAGGGUGGUGAUGAUAAAGGUGGAGCUAAAGGAGGUGCCUCAGGCGGUGGUGAUAAAGGCGGAGCUAAAGGUGGUGAUGACAAAGCUGGAGCCAAGGGAGGUGCAUCAGGCGGCGGUGAUAAAGGCGGAGCUAAGGGUGGUGAUACUAAAUCAAGUGGUGAUUCUAAAUCAGGUGGUAGUAAAGGUGGAGACAAAGGAGCUGACACUAAAUCGGGUGGUGAUAAGGGUGGAGACAAAGGUGGUGAUAAGGGUGAAGACAAAGGUGGUGAUAAGGGUGGAGACAAAGGCGGUGCCAAAGGUGGUGACAAAGGUGGAGCAUCUGGUGGUGGUGGUGGUGAAUGGGAAGGUGGUGAUGCAGAAAAAGGAGCUAAGCUCUUCAAACAAAAAUGUGCUCAAUGCCAUAGCGCCGAAGAAGGUGGUGGUAAUAAACAAGGCCCUAAUCUACAUAAUGUAUUUGGUCGACACACUGGUUCAGUUAAAGGCUUCAAUUAUAGUGAAGCUAAUAAAAACAAAGAUAUUAAAUGGGGUGGUGAUACACUCUGGACAUAUUUAAAAGAUCCAAAGAAAUAUAUUCCUGGAACAAAAAUGAAUCAAUAUAUAUAUGAUGAACAAAAACAAACAGCAGAAAGAGACAUUGUUGAACUUGAUGAUCGUCUACAACGAUUUGAGAGAACAUUGGAAAUACUUAGACGUGAACAACCGAAAGAUCAUGAUAGAGAAUUAAUUAAACGAGCUUUAGCUAAACAAGCUAGUAAAGAUGCAGUUGAAUAUCAAAAAUUAUUAACAAAAAAAAAUGAAGAAAUUGAGCGAUUAAAUCAUCAACUCAAACAAUUGUCGAAUCUUGCAUCAGCAUUAUGUCAAAUUAACAUUGAAAAAUUAUAUCUCGAACGACGUUUGAUAGCUACGACAACAACGACAUCAUCAAACUCGAUAACAAAUAUAGGCGUAAGUUGUCAAGCAUCCUAUUGA